AUGCGCGAGGACAAGCCGGAAGGAGACAGCGAUGAGGUCGCGGUGGAAGUUCCCCUUCAGCCUGGGGAGCCUGUUGUGGCUUUCGAUGCAUCUGUUGAACCACCAUACGGAUGGGUCGUCUGCAUCGCCAUGCAUUUGAUCAAUGGCUUUACAUGGGGGAUCAUUGCUUCAUAUGGCGUGUACCUAUCAUACUACAUUGAUCAUUCCAUAUUCCCGGGCGCCACAGAUUUGGACUAUACGUUUAUUGGUGGCGUCAACUUCGCUUGUGCCAUGCUGUGCGGACCUAUCGUCAACUUGUUUGUCCGAAGACUUGGGACGCAUGUACCUAUGUACUGUGGCUGCAUCAUGUUUGCUGGCGGUUUUGUCGCUGCCUCAUUUGCCACAGAAUUCUGGCACCUUAUUUUGACGCAGGGCAUCCUCGUCGGGCUGGGAACAGGUUUUUCGUGGUUACCUGCUACACCAAUCCUCCCACAAUGGUUCAACAGAAACAGAAGUUUGGCACAAGGCAUCGCAGCGGCAGGAAGCGGCGUUGGUGGCGUUAUCUUCUCUGCCGCAACGACACCCAUGAUCCAGAAUCUCUCGCUUGCUUGGUCACUCCGAAUUACUGGCAUCCUCGCAUUUGUCGUCUUGUUUACCGCAUGUUCGUUAAUCCGCGAUCGAAACAAGACAAUCCGUCCAAGCUACAAGCCGAUAGACACAGAUCUCCUGAAGAGGUAUCGGGUCUGGUUACUUAUUUUGUAUACAUUUUUCUCGAUCCUCGGGUAUAUCGUGAUGAUCUAUUCUCUAGGCGCGUUCGCAACAUCGCUUGGGUUGAGUCAGGACCAAGGCGGCACCGUGAUCACCAUUAUGAAUGUCGGAACUGCUUUUGGAAGGCCUUUCGUCGGUGUGCUUAGCGAUCGAUUCGGCAGGAUGACAGUGGCAUGCCUCCUCACCGCGUCCAACACCGUGCUAGCAUAUGCAAUCUGGAUUCCCACGAACUCUUAUGGGCUGCUCAUAUUCUUUGCUCUUGUUGUGGGCGCCACGAGUGGUGUAUACUGGGGUACCAUUGCACCUCUUUGCGCCGAGGUUGUCGAACUGAAAGAGCUUCCGUCGGCACUCAGCCUAAUGUGGGUUACUGUGUCCACGCCUGCUUUAUUCUCAGAAGCAAUUGCGCUGGAAAUCCGCCGGCCUCAUUCGUCCCGGCCUUAUUUGUGGCCUCAAAUCUAUAGUGGCUUGGUCUUUCUGAUCUCUAGCUUUUUCAUGUUUGAACUCCGGCGGCAAAAAUGGGGCUUCAGCAGGGAGAGGCAUAGAUGA